AUGGACGUAUCCCGCAUGACAAUGUACUCCAAGAAUGAAGAAGAAAACAAGAAGCACUUAAGGAUAGUUUUGCAACGACUAACAAAUCGAAAGCUUUUUGGAAAGUUUUCAAAGUGUGCUUUCUUUCAAGAAAAGGUGCACUACUUAGGUCAUGCUAUAUCUGCUAAAGGAAUUCCAGUUGAUCCUGCAAAGAUAGAGGCAAUUGUAGAUUGGCCAACACCUCAAAGUGUUACAGAGGUCAAAAGUUUGAUGGGUCUUGCAAGAUACUAUAGGAAGUAUGUGGAAGGUUUUUCUAGGAUAGUAGCACCUAUUACUUCUCUUCAAAAGAAGAGAAAGAAAUUUGAAUGGAUUGAGAAGUGCGAAGAGGCAUUUUAG